GUUGUAUUCUAGUCGGUCUGAUCCACCAUGGCGGCGCGCAGUGUGUUCAGAUCAGGGUUGUUUAAUGACAGAGUGGCGAUAGUGACCGGAGGAGCCACAGGAAUCGGAAAAGCAAUUACAGCUGAACUUCUGCAUCUGGGUUGCCGUGUGGUUAUUGCAUCGAGGAAGGCGGAGCGUUUGGAAGCUGCAGCUGGUGAACUUUCGCAGUUGAUCAGUCCGUCCAGUGCAGCUUCCAUCACAGCACUACAGUGUAACAUCCGCCAGGAGGACCAGGUGUGUGAGUUAGUGGCGUCUACACUGCGUCUCCAUGGCAGGAUUGAUUACUUGGUGAAUAAUGGUGGAGGACAGUUCAGCAGUCCUGCAGCCAACAUGAAGUUGAAGGGCUGGAAUGCUGUGAUAGACACAAACCUGACCGGAACAUUCCUGUGCUGCAGAGAGGUGUACAGGGCAUGGAUGAAGGAUCAUGGAGGUGCAAUCGUUAACAUCAUCGCUGACAUGUGGAGGGGGUUUCCUGGCAUGGCACACACAGGAGCAGCGAGAGCCGCAGUGGAGAAUCUGACCAAGAGUUUGGCCAUUGAGUGGGCGAGCAGCGGCAUACGCAUCAACAGCAUCGCUCCGGGAACGAUCUUCUCCAAGACAGCAAUGGAGAAUUAUAAAGAACUUGGGCCCAUGAUAUUCCAGAUGGCUGUUCCAUGCAUUCCUGCAAAACGCCUGGGCUUUCCAGAGGAGAUUUCUCCAGCGGUGUGUUUUCUGCUGUCUCCAGCUGCGCCCUUUAUCUCAGGAGCCACUCUGAAGGUGGAUGCAGGACAGAGUCUGUAUGACUCUGUGUGGAAAUCCCGAGAUCACAGUUCCUGGCCUGCACCUCCAGAAGGAGAGAACGUUGAAGCUCUGAGAGAGUUGAUGAAGAAGCUUAAACACAAACUGUGAAGGUUCUCCUACAGACUUCAGGAGAGUAAAUUACCUACAAUUCACACACGCACAGUGUGGAGGGGUUCAAGGAAAUCACACACUCAAGAAGAUUUUCCUGCUAAUUUUUAACACAUACACACACACACACACACACACACACACACUGGAGAAUGUUGUCCUCAACAUGUCAGGGUGUGUGUA